CAGUGGAGCAGUUUCCCCAAAAAAGGGGACUGUCGGCUCGGCUGUUAUUAUUUUGUCCACCACAAUAGCCGAGCAGCGCAUCUGUUGUCCUCCAAACAGAAUUAAAAGUGAGCUUUCGGGCGACACUUGACAACCGAGCGAGCGGCGACGAUGGGUGCGGCCUCGAGCAGCGAGGCAGAAAGGGAGCCGCUUCUUGCGCCGACUUCCGCCGGGACGACGAACAGCCUGCCCGUAAACAGCCGGGUGUACGGCAGAAGAUGGCUGGUUUUGACCCUGUUUUCUCUGCUGGCGUUCAUGCAGGGGAUGGUGUGGAACUUCUGGGGACCCAUCCAGAACUCGGCCGCGAAGGCGUACGGGUUCACCAAGUCUGACAUCGCAGUUCUGGUUCUGUGGGGCCCGGUCGGGUUCUUACCCUGGUUGCUGUUUAUGUGGUUAAUGGACAAAAAAGGAUUACGGGCUUCCCUCUUGCUCUCGGCCUUCUUCAUGCUGCUGGGAUCGACCAUGCGAAGCAUCCCGCUGACAGACCUGCACCUCAGACGUUGGCUAAUACACGGAGGCCAGUUUCUAAACGGUCUGGCCGGGCCAACCAUAAUGAGCGCCGGGCCGUACCUCUCCACCACAUGGUUCGCCCCCGACCAGAGAGCAACGGCAACGGCCGUGGCCUCUCUGCUCUCCUACCUGGGAGGCGCCGCGUCGUUCAUUGUGGGACCUCUCUUUGUUCCAGCUCCCAACGACUCCCAGACGGGCACCGCGACCGCCGCACCGCCGUCCACCGCCUUCAUCCGGAACAGAAUCCAGCUGGUUAUGUAUGCAGAGUUGGCGGCGAUCGGGGUGUUUUUUGUAGCCGUCCUGCUCUACUUCCCGUCGCGCCCGCCCGUGCCCCCCAGUGUGGCCGCAGCCAGCCAGCGGCUCAGCUACAGGAGCAGCAUCUGCAAACUCCUCAGUAACUUCCGUUUCCUGAUGAUUGCGUUGGCCUACGCGGUCCCUACAGGAGUGAUCGGCGGCUGGUCUGGAGUCCUGGACAUGGUUCUGACUCCAGCCAAAGUCAGCCAGGUGAAUGCAGGCUGGAUUGGUUUCUGGUCCACUGUUGGCGGGUGUGUGUUUGGAAUAGGAAUGGCCAGAUUUGCAGACUCCAUCCGUGGGAUGCUGAAGCUGAUUCUGGUGCUGAUGCUGGCAGGAGCCUCGCUGUCCUCGACGUGGUUUACGCUCACCUGUUUGAGCACAAUUACCCACCUCCCGGUUUCUGCAGCCAUCCUCUACACUUCCUGCAUCCUGGUCGGUAUAUUCGUCAACAGCAGUGUGCCGAUUUUCUUCGAACUCUUCAUUGAGACGGUGUACCCGGUCCCUGAAGGCAUCACCUGCGGCGUUGUCACCUUCCUGGGGAACUUGGCUGCUGGACUUCUGCUCUUCUUCCUCACCUUUUACCCAACGAACUUGUCGUGGCUGAACUGGUGCGUAACCGGCUCGUGUCUCUUCAGCCUCGUCCUCGUCCUUUUCUUCAGGGAGUCCUACGAUCGUCUCUACCUGGACGUCUUUGUCUCCGUGUGACACUUGUGUGGAAGAAAAAAAAAACACGAAGAAAAUCGAGGCUGUUUAAACUCCUACUCUUGCACAGUAAAGAGGAGAAAAGGGACGCGGAGAGCAAGUUGGGAAGCUCUACGCUCUUUGUGAAAUGUUAAAUUUUAGGACGAGAAUGUAUAUAUAAAUACCUGUAAACCCGAGGUGAGGGUAAUGCACGUUUCUGCCAUACGGAGGCGUUGUUUACAUCUCAGAAGCAGUUAACCCGUAGGUUUGAUGAUGGUGCAACCUGUUUUUAACGGUUUCCUUCGUUUGUCUGAAUGAGUUGAGGUGGACCCGCCUGAACGAACAGUUUGCCCCUUCGCAGGUAGUUUGAGUUGGAAAGUCACUCUGGAAGCUCCCACUUGUCUCAUCUCAAAAGACGAGGCAAGGAAAACUCUUCUUGAAGUUUACAAAAGGGACGUCAAACAGGGCCCAACUCAACACCGAGCGACUUCCACGCACAUUGAAGUUUAGUCCCUUCAGGAAUUAAACUGGGACCUCCUCGUGUUUUAGUGCCGGCCAUGACUCACCUGGAGGCUUAACUGACCCUACAGCGUUAGGCGACCUGUGAUAUUGCCUGUCAGCAAAAGACGAGGCCCUCUCAAAAUGAAUAUUAUGCAAAAGAAAAAAGAGGGAUGCCGUCAGAUCGACAGCUGGACGCCAGCCGAAGACGUGGACUCACCAGCGCUUCUCGUUUGGAUGAGAAGCGUGUGACGGAGGGUUUAUUUUUCCAUUUCUUCAGAAAAUUCACAACUAAAUUAUGUUUGUAAUUUUAACCUAACUAUAAUUUCUUUUGUACAGCUUUUUUUUUAAUUCACUUUUCUUCCUGAGCGGUGUGCCAGUAUUUAUUGAAACGAAAAAAAUGUCUCAACACUAACAACACCAGAAACAAAAAGUUUGAUGACAGACCUUUCUUUGUAUUUAUACAAGCGUACGAACAAUGUUUUUGUUCAAAGCACCAGCAGCGUCCUUCGCAGCGACUGGCUUUCAGCCAGUUUUUUUUAACUGGCUUAAAAAAAACACACAGAUUGAAAAAGUAGCCCAUCUCAUAAAUAUUAUGCCUGAUAAAACCUACAACAAGAGCAUCUCCGUGUUAACAAAGUGAAUCUCUGCAGGAGAGAAAAAAAAAAGGUUUUGUCUAACAUGCUUAUUUUCUGGUGUCUUUUUUUUCCCAGAGUUUCGAAAAAAGGAAGUAUUUUUAUGUUUUCCCUCUGGAGAUAAAAAAAAGGUUGCGUAAUUUGUUCCUGGUGCUGUUUUUCCCUCUCUCGCCUUGUAAAGAAAAGGUUCUCUUUCACCCACAGAUGUGUUGCCUUAAUUAUCCAGUGCAGUGCAUUCAACUUCCUCCUUCUGUCCACACUGUGAAUAUUUUAUCUCUGGAUUAUGUCAAAAUCCUGGGUUUCUGGGUUGUUGUUUUUUUUAACACUAUGUAGCGUCCUAGGAUUUGGUUAUUACUUUGUGUUCCUUUGGGGUAAAACAAACACGACUCUCACAAUGUUCAGCACCUUAUUAAAAUGAUGAUUUUACAAAUUAUAGCGCACAUUUUCGUAUAUUAUACUUUGCCUUUGUCCUAAGCUGAACCCCCUGGUUGUAACGCGUCGCUCAAGUAUUACAAGCCACAAAUCUUAUCUAUUUUAUGUGUUAGGUUUACACAAAGUAGUGAAUGAUUGUGGUUAAAAAUAACUGUAAAAAAAAAGUAUAUAUCGGUAUGAUUAUCAAAUAAUGUUCUAAGUUUGGAACAACAGUGCAUCUACAAAGGCGUUAAAGUUUUGUUUAUAAAAGCAGCUUAUUAACUCUGGAGGAGUCGAGGGCAUCCGCAACGCGGGUGGACAACUGCUGUCAGAACAGCAAUUAAUCUGAGCUUCGAAGAAGAAUGAAAGGGGGGAAAAAAGCCACAAGAAAAGUUUGGUAAAAUUAUAUAGACAACACAGAAAACGAGUGAAAAAAGGUUCUCUGUUCAGAUGAGACUCAAAAGUUCUCAAAGUUUUUAUAUCUCAAUACUCACAGUGGAAACCGGAGCUGGCGUCCACAGUCCAGCGUUCUUAUGUUCGUUCUGGGCGGAAACAAGUCAAUCAGUGUCAACAUGACAUCCAUUUUCCUCUGUAAACGCAACAAAAGCAUGCCAGGUACAAGCUGCAGUUUCUUUUUGAAUAUUUGAGAAAUGUUCGUACAGCAAACUGAGAGAACAGGUGAAUUUUCCGUCAAGAAUUUGGAGUUGCAUUUCGCAGAAAAAUCUGAAUGCUGACCCGUGAAUAGGCGUGGCUUCUUUGUAUUUGGCUUAGAUAAAAAUUUGUUUUUUUGUUGUUUUUUUUUGCUGUAAAGAGUAGAGCUAAAGCUUAGCCCAAAGGUACCUACCUGCAAUGAUAAGACUUUCACACAAUAGACUGAGGUGGUUAAAGACAAAUGCCUGUCAUACUUUUUCAACUUUACAAGAUCUACUUACUUUGUGCUGGUCGCUCAUAAUAAAUCAUAUUUAAACUGCCA